CUUGGUCGUAGAUUCUAGCUAUAGCUUUGAUGUGGGAGGUGUUUUAUAUUCAAAACUACGAUAUUUCUUUUCCUGAACUUUCGACUUCUGACAAGAGAAAUGUAUUAUAAUCCCACUUUUAUUCACUUUGGGAACCAGCUUCUUGAAAAGAAAGGGCCACACAUUCAUUCCAGAAUUAACCCGAUUCUGUAACUUAAAAGUAAUCCUCGUUUAUUCUGGGCUGCAUAGAAUUAUUCUCUGCUCAUGUCAGACACUUGAAUAAUUGCACUAAAUGCCGUUGUAUGUUGUAGCUGUACAAUGUGCUUGGGCUGACGUGACCAAGCGGAGAAAAACCGCUUCUCUUUUUGCUUCCUUCUGUUAUUAUUAAUGCUGGACAGGUCGCUUUCACAUACACAAUGGCAGUGCUCAGCUCAUUGGAUCUGAUGUACUACGAUUGGUAGGGCCGCACAGUCCGAGCCAAGGUACAUUCUCUCGUCGGGGCUGGUCUGUUCUUCUUGUCCAGCGACCACUUUCAGCUCUAACAUGUAGACGUCCACGAAGGUCUGGCUGCCAAAACAGGACCCGGACUAAAAAGUUUGCUCCCUCGUAGGGUUCGAAUGCACAUCGCAUUGUGCUUCAUCCACAUUUGUGUCAGUCCGUGAGAACCCACCUCGACCGUACAGCCCCGAAAGGGAUGCAGCUUUCUAACAAGUGGACAUUUCCCCCUCGUGCUGCUGCACUGGCACGCUCGUAGAAAGAGAUUGUUCUCUUCCAUGCAGCUUGGAGAUGGCGAGACUCACUCAUGACGAAGCUGGCAAUAUCCACAAAGUGUGGCAGAAAGUCAUGGUGAGCGCGGUGUGUUCAGUCUGAUGCGAUUGGAUGGGGCCUCGGUGGGGACAGCAGCAAGCUUCUUGGACACAUCGAUUCACCUGCCUCCCUCCGUCCGUUUGCAUGAAAAGAGCGUGGCUUGAUGUUGAGAGGGAUUGACCAGGGAACGUGGUGUGUGGUCCUUCGGCUGCUCGGGAGAAACACGACACAACUGAUGUCACUUCAUAAGGUCUCUCGGACCUGCUGGCUCGGGAUCGAAACUUUGGCACAGUCGGCGAGGCUCGAGUUGUUCAUAGAUCACCAUAUUCGCAAUGCAGAUUUCCAGUUGAUGAGGCGAGUUAAUCUGGAAGCUAUGGCUUUGAUUUUUGUCAUUUGUAAUCGAUUCCUACCGAUUCUACCGAAGUUGAGAAGGCGUGUUUUCGAAUCUUACCUCUUUUUCCAGUCUGAAUAGAUCAAACUUCGCGGAGUUUUCACCCUAUCGUUAUCCAAGUU